CUCGGAGCUGGAACUCGGCUCCCAGGACCAGCUCGUUCGGACGGGCGCCGCUCGGACUCUGACACGGGACUCCACCGCGGUUCCGCAGACCGGACCGACGCCGCGCGGAAGAAGUUGGUGCGCAGCCGCGAGGGUUUUUUGAGGACGAACAGAUGGGAAUCUGUGCCUCAGAACCGUGGAUCUUAUGCUGCCCCUCCACCAUGUUAGAGCUCCAUCUGCUUUCUGUUUCUUGAUUUCUUCAGUUUAAUGAUGAGGUUAUUAGAUUAAACGUGACACCAGGGGAAGAUAUAACUCUGUUAGACGCCUCGGACCUUCCUGAUGAUGUAAUCCUGGCCAUCACCUCUGUUUUUGCAAUGGGAACCACUUUGGACUCAGAGAAGCACCAGCCACUCCUGCAGCUCCAGGAGGUGGACUCCAGCCGGGCCGGCAGUUGCGUCCUCUCCCCAAACCUCAGCUCCUCCUCACCUGGUUUGUCCCACGAAACCAGCCAGCCAAUCUGCAUCCCGGCGCCAUACGCCGACCUCAGCCACGACUUCACCAGCUUACCUUUCUACAACCCAACCAUCUUCAGCUAUGCCAGCCCCAGCAUGUCAGAGUGUCCUUCUGUGCACCAGUCGCUAAGUGCCUCUUUGUUCUGGCAAAGCCACGGCCACGUGGGGCCGACGAUACCCCUGCACCGCUCCCAGGCCCGGGCGCAGCAUGGCCAGCCCAUCCAGAGUCCAUGGGACGGGGUCUUAACUACCAGCAAGGGUGUGAGGAGGCGCUCCCAGGAGAGUGAAGAGGCCGUGGUGUCAUCAGGCGGCAAGUCUGAACUCCAUUACUGUGCUGUGUGCCAUGACUACGCGUCUGGAUACCACUACGGCGUGUGGUCAUGCGAGGGCUGCAAGGCCUUCUUCAAGAGGAGCAUCCAAGGACACACCGACUACAUCUGCCCUGCAACCAACCAAUGCACUAUAGACAAGAACCGGCGCAAGAGCUGCCAGGCCUGUCGCCUUCGGAAGUGCUACGAAGUCGGCAUGACCAAAUGCGGUGUUCGCAAAGAGCGCAGCAGCUACCGGAGCGCGCCGGCGAGGAGAGCUGGCCGUCUGACCUCGCAGGGCCGGAUGAACGGGCCCAAGGUGUCGAGUGGACCCAAGGAGAGUUCUGGGAACGAGCAGAGCUCGCUUCACCUGACCCCAGAGCAGCUGAUCGCUCGGAUGAUGGAGGCGGAGCCUCCCGACAUCUACCUCAUGAAGGACACCAAGAAGCCGCUGACGGAGGCCGUGGUUAUGAUGUCACUCACCAACUUGGCCGAUAAGGAGCUGGUCCACAUGAUCACCUGGGCCAAGAAGAUUCCAGGGUUUGUGGAGCUCAGCCUCCUGGAUCAGGUUCAUCUGCUGGAGUGCUGCUGGCUGGAGGUGCUGAUGAUGGGACUGAUGUGGAGGUCAGUGGGCCAUCCAGGAAAACUCAUCUUCUCCCCUGACCUCAGCCUGAGCAGAGAGGAGGGCAGUUGUGUCCAGGGCUUCGUGGAGAUCUUCGACAUGCUGAUCGCUGCCACGUCCAGAGUCAGAGAGCUCAAUCUGCAGAGGGAGGAGUACGUUUGUCUCAAGGCCAUGAUCCUCCUUAACUCCAACAUGUGCCUGAGCUCCUCUGAGGGUGGGGGGGAGCUGCACAGCCGCUCCAAGCUGCUGUGCCUCCUGGACGCCGUGACAGACGCUCUGGUGUGGGCCAUCGGCAAAAGUGGACUCAACUUUCGGCAGCAGUACACACGUCUCGCCCACCUGCUCAUGCUGCUGUCUCACAUCCGCCAUGUCAGCAACAAAGGCAUGGACCACCUGCACUGCAUGAAGAUGAAGAACAUGGUGCCUUUGUACGACCUGCUGCUGGAGAUGCUGGACGCUCACAUCAUGCACAGCUCCCGCCUGCCUCGCCAGCCGCCCCCGCAGGAUGCUGCCGACCCAACAGAGACCUCCGCUCAGGGGCAAAGAUCCUGCUGCGACGUGUCCAAAGCCUGGACUACCAGCAGCGCUGGGACCGCAGAGGAACCCCAGAAGUCCGAUUAGUACCUUGAUGCAGUGGGAGGAGCAGGAUAGGAAAAAGACCCCCCCCCCAUCCCGGUCCUCCAUCUGCUCAGCAUCCAGGGACCUGGAUCUGGUCUGUUCAAUCAAUCUGAAUCUGGAGCCCUCCACUCCAGUUUAUUGUUGGUGGAACCAACCCGGACAUAUGCGGGCAGCUCUGGAUUUUCUACAUUUGAAAUGUUCGACACUCGUCUCAGCUAAACACCACGACUGCUCAGU